GGCUACUUGGAUUACUGAUUUGAACAGGAUUUGCUGACUUUAUUUCUUGGUUCCUUUAGCAAGUUAUAUAUGUGUUAAUAACGCAAUAAUGUAAGAUAUUUUAAUGUUGAGGAUAAAGAUAAAGCUGUUUUCUUGGUGGUGAAAACUACCGGCACAGAAUGUCUUCCGAUGCUGAUGUGCUCACAACUGUGAAACUGGAGACACCGACGAUGAAGUAUGAUCCUCGGCAUCGUGCCUCCAGCGAGGGAAGUCUAAUGAGACUGGUCCACUGGGGGCCCUUGAUAGCCCUUUAUAUCAUUUUCCAUAUAUCACUCUCGGGGCUGUAUUGUAUACUGAUGUGGUGGCCGCCGUUUACUGUAGGCGGGGCGAUACAUCUCGCUGUUUAUCUCUUUUGGUUAUACUUGGUUCUUUAUAAUAUGAUCAGCGGCUCACUGAAGGGACCAGGAUUUGUGCCUCUAGGUUGGAAACCUGACAACCCAGAAGACUUCAAAAACUUGCAAUACUGUAGAAUAUGUGAAGGAUACAAAGCACCAAGAUCUCAUCAUUGUAGAAAAUGUAAUAGGUGUGUCAUGAAGAUGGAUCACCACUGUCCGUGGAUUAACACCUGCUGUGGUCAUUAUAACCAUGCCAGCUUUAUCCAGUUCCUGUUCAUAGCCCCAGUAGGUUGCUUCCAUGCCGCGGUGGUGCUGAUAGCCUCUGUCUACAGAGCUGUAUAUAGGCCUUAUUAUCUCUAUUUUGGGGAUGGCACAGAGCCCCUUGUAGAACUUGAUGUUCUGGGAUUCCUAGUCUGUAUGUUUGGUAUAGGACUGGCAAUAGGUGUCAUCAUAGCAGUAGGCAUGUUGUUUGUGGUGCAGAUGAAAAGUGUUUUCAGAAAUGAAACUGGUAUAGAAACCUGGAUAAAAGAUAAGGCUUAUUACAGAGACCGAGAUGAAGAAGAAGAAGGGGAGUUUAUAUACCCCUAUGAUUUAGGUCGCAAAAAGAAUUUUUUCCAGGUGUUUAGUUGGUCAGGGUUUCCGGUGUCUGAUGGAAUAUGGUGGGAAGUGAGAGAGGGUUGCGACCAGUACACUCUUACGGUGGAGCAGCUCAAACAGAAAGAAGAAAAACGUGAACGUGCUUUACCGUACGUGAUCGUGGAAGACUACGCUGGUUCCAUCUUUCCCAUCUCUAAGGGCUGUCGCGUGUGCUGUAGUCCUCCCUGCUCAGAUGAGCCAAGAAUUCCAGUGAGGAUAGGAGACAAAAUCUCAGUAACUCGAUGGAGAAAACACUGGAUGUAUGGAGAUAAAUUGCUCUCUGAUGAAGAAGCCAAAGGAAAGAACCGUGUCCGGGGCUGGUUCCCAAAGAGAUGUGCACGACACGACCCUCAGGAUGGAAUCUACCUGACCAAAAACCACGAUAGCCCCAAGAAUGACAAGAAAUAUGACUAAACAUCAAAAUUUGGGAAGUUCUAAAACAACAACAUUUGGCAAGGACUCCUUUUGUGGGAUUAAAAUAUGUUUCUAUUGUGGUUAACAUCCAUAAUGAGAAUGGUAUUCAAGAAUGAUGAUGAUGAUAAUGAUUGUGAUAUCCAUGGAUAAUAAUGGUGAUGAUGAUGGUAGUAUCCAUGGAUAGUAAUGAUGUGAUAACUGGUGUUCUAUAGCUAGAGCCAAUGAUUGUGAAGUGUAUGUAUGUAUGUGUAGACGUAAGUUGCCAAAACACCAGGUUUCUCUUGGGCCUCUUCCAGGUCUAUAUGAACAAAUUAAUUAACCAAUGAUUCUUUUGUUAGAGGCCAUUGAGAAGAAUUAUGGUUUUCUUCUCAAUAUAAAAACUUCCUUCCUGAAAACUUCAUGAAAGUAUUUUCCAAUGUCACAGUGUCAAAGCACUAGAAAUCUGUUAUAUUUGAUAAAAGUGAAAAGGUUAAAUCACGUUGUAGAUUAGUGUCCAGUUAGAUAAAAUCAGCUUGGUGUAAGACGGUUUAUUUUUUCAAUGAGUGCAGCACAUUCCAGUCGUUUGUUCUCCACAAUAUAUAUAGUAAAUAAUAUAUUGUGAAGAGAGGUAUACAUUUUGAUGGAGUACUUGACAUUUUUUACAACUUCAGUUAUGACUGUGUAAUUAAUGCAGUCUAUUACUGGAAGGAUGCUCUUUUAUAAAGUUACAACAUUUACUAUCAAGUAUUUAUCACUGGCAUUUUCUGUGUUUUUGCAAUAAUUAAUCAAUUAUUUGCCAUGUUGAUGGGUGAAGACCACUGUACAUGGUACAGAUACUUCGUCUGCCCUUCCUAUUUUGAACAAGUAAAAUAAAAGAACU